AUGCGCCCUUUCUGUUUCCUGGCGGCCCUCCCGCUGCUAGUGUCGGCCUCCGCCUCCGCCUGGUCAGAAACCACCCUCCUCAUACGGGCCACCACCCCCGGUAACGAAACAUCAUGCGAGUCUGGUGACAAGGCAUGCGGCAUCUUCUGCAUUCCGAGCGACUACACCUGCUGCCCGGAUCUAGAAGGCGGCUGUCCGUCAGCGACCUCGGUGUGCAUGGAAGGCGACAACGGCAUCUACGGGUGCUGCGGGAAGGACGAGUAUUGUCAGGGCGACGGCGGGUCUGAGUUCAUCGAUGAUGGUGCUGACGGCUCGUCGUCUGGGAGUUCCAAUGGCACUACUGCGACGAGGACGGGGGAUUCGACUAGUGGGGCUGAUGUCGUUGUGUUUGGGAUUGGUCAAGGGCUCACUUUCGCAGCUGUCAUGGCUGGAAUUGUUGUGCUUGUAUAA